UGAUGUUGUUGUCCACUUGUGACUCUGUGAAAAUGGAGCCGAGCAGUCCAAAGAAGAUCCAGUUCACUGUCCCCCCACUGCAGGACCAGCUGGACCCACAGGCCGCUGAACAAAUUCGACGCAGAAGACCCACUCCUGCUACUCCCUACCAAGUCCACAGACAGCCUCCAACAGAUACUCAGCAUUCAUCAAUCAGACACUCACAGCAGAAUUCAAACAGCCCAGAAAGGAAAUGCAGUGUGCACAGUCCUCCAUCAAUGAAAGACUUCUCAUGUGACGUCACAAAGGAGCUGUCCAGUCCUGGUUCUGUGUCCAGAUAGAAUCCUUUUCUGUUUGUUCAGCUGCUCACAAUGAGGCCUCCAUGACUUCGCUCACAGGUUAUUAUUGCUGUGAGUCUGUGAACUGAAACUUAUGCAGUGAUUCUCAAACUUUUCACACAGCACACCAAGUACCAUAGGAUGAAAUUGAUGUUCUGAAACCUGGACUAAAGUAGAUAUUAAAUAUGGAGAAAAAUAAGACUAAACCGGGUCUACAAUGAGACUAAACCAUGGAUAGUGCAGUAAAUUAUGUUUAACCCAAAAGAGGACAUUAGAUGUUUUAAAUUAAACAAAUAACAGCAGAUGGCCUCAUGUACCACCAGUUGUACACACACCCCAGUUUGGGAAACACUGACCUACAGGAAACAUGUUUGUGUGGAAAGUUUUAGCUGUAAACUGUGUAUACAAAUGUAAAUAAUAUGACCCCUUUCUGUUCCAUCAUCCAAGAUGUAAUCUUUAACAAAGUGCGCAAUACAAUGCUUGUAUUUAAUUUAAAAUAUGAAUGUGCAAAGUCUAAUGUAGAGUAAUCAAAGCUUUUAACCAUGGUUUACGGGCACAAUAGCAAACAUCCAUCAAAGGUUUUUUUUUUCAUUUUCAAUCACAUAGAGUAGCCCUUCACCGACAUCUAUGACCAUUUCAUAACUUCAUUUAGCCUAUCUUUACACACUGAAAAGAUACUCAACUGGUAGACUACUUGUGCUGUAUGCUUGCGCUGUACAAUUGUUCAUAAAGGUUAAAAAACGUUAGACAUGUGCCUUGAUUUGUAUUUUAUACAAAAUUGUUCUGACAAAUGCUCAGCCUAAAUUAAACCUCAAUAAAAACAUAAA